AUGCUGCUGGCGCUGGCCAGCUACCCCCGGCCGCUGUCGCACACCACCAGUUACGAAUACGCGGUUAUCUUCCUGGGUGCGGCUUUUGGAGGCCUACUCAGCACCAGCAACCUCCUCAACACGGCUCCAGCGCUGCUGCAAUACCUGACCACCACCCCGCACCCCACGACCCCUCCGCAACUGCUGGCGCAGCUCCUUGGUGGCGAUCCAGCAUCAUCCACCAUCACACCCUCCGUGUCCUCAUCAUCAUCAGCAUCAGCAUCCUUCUUCUCCUCCUUGCUUCGCUUUCAAACAUCAGCCUCCGCAGCAGCCACAGCGCCCUCCUCCUCCUUCUCAUCCUCCUCCUCCUCGUCAGCAACCGAAUCGACCUCCCUGCCCCCGCUGCUCCAGCUGCUGCUGCAGCUGCUGCCCCGGCCGCUCCUGGUGCUGCUGCUGGGGUUCCUGCUGGUGUCCGCCAUCAAGGAGGGCAGCAAGGCGCUGCUGCUGGCGCUGCUGCCGCGGCUGCUGGCACUCGCACCGCCCGGGCUAAGGCGAGCAUGGCAGCCGCCGGUGCACCCCGAGGGAUGCUGGAGAGGGGCUCAGACAGGAGGAGAGGAGGGGCAGAAGGCGGGUGGGGCACGUAGGGCAGUGACUGCGGUGGUGGCAGAGGCAGUCUCGGCGGAUGGGAAGGAGGAGGAAAAGGAGGGACAGGGUGGCGCUUCGCCUUUAGCAGCGAGAGCAGCAGCAGUGGAGAGGAAGGCACAGGCGCUGGCGGCAGCGGGGGUGCUCAUGAAGAGCCCCAAGCUGCCGUACGAUGUUGACUUUGUACGGAAGUUCGUCAACUACGGCAUCACUGUGUAUGCGGCGGCGGAGUUCCGGUUCCUGGCUGCAUGGCUGCUGUCGCUGCCCUCCUCGGGAGCAGACGGAACGUAUUAACUAAAGUAUUGUUUGUUUGGGUGGACCUGGAGGGAGGAGCUGGGGGAACGGAUACUGGUGGCGGUGGUGCCGCUGCUGCCGAUGCUGCGCGUUGCUUUACAUGAGGGUACCGCAGGGAACGAGCUGGAAGGAGCUGGGGGAACUAACACUGGUGAUGGUGCUGCUGCUGCGGGUUUACGUGAGGUCAGGGUUCCACAUGCCGUCAAGGUCAGCACGGGGGGG